ACCGCUUUAAUAACCCUUGUCUAGUCGAGUUUCCUGCUAGAUACCAUCACUAAACUACCAGGGAACGGUAGCUGAUCAUGUCGGAAACAGAAAAGGGUAUUCAAAAUUCACGUUCAUCUGCAACUGAUGAUGGAACUCCCACAAAGGAUGCAGUUGCAAAGGAAAACCAAGAGGUCGAACAGCAGCCGCACGAGGAACAGCCAAAUGGAAGCAACCCAGUACCAAUACGAACCGGCUUUUUGUCAUUCCUGGUUAUAAUCCCCCCAAUUGCAAACUCUACGCAUUACAGCCGCCGCACCAAAUGGAUGUUGACUAUUAUUGUUGCGUUGGCCGCAUUGGCUGCACCACUGGGCAGCAACAUUCUGUUGCCGGUUCUUGUUCCCAUUUCGGAGUACUUCCACACAUCGCCUACAGUGGUCAACUUGUCCGUGGCACUAUAUGCGCUUGCUGUUGGUAUCACCCCACUGUGGUGGUCGCAUAUGGCUGAGAACCAUGGCCGACGCGUGGUCUACCUGCUGACGUUUCUCCUGCUUUGUGUCUUUAAUGUUCUGUGUGCUGUGAGUACCAGCAUGGGUAUGUUUAUCGGAAUGCGACUCCUGGCGGGAGGGGCAUGCGCAUCGGUUCAGGCUGUUGGCGCCGGGACCAUAGCGGAUUUGUGGGAGCCUCAGGAAAGAGGGAAAGCCGUGGGGAUUUUCUCACUGGGCCCCAUGCUGGGACCACUUGCGGCCCCAAUUAUCGGCGGUGCUCUCACGAUCCAAUGGAACUGGCGUAGCACACAAUGGUUCCUUGUCAUUUACGGCUUCGUGAUUUGGGUGGCUAUGAUCUUCCUGUUGCCUGAAACGUCAUCAAAGCUGAAAAUGAGCAGACAGGAGAAGGACGAGGACUCGAGCUCGCACAACUUAUCCGUUUUCGCGAAAGCAGCGCGCAAGGCAAAGCAGGUUGCCUGGCUCGCUGUUAGCCCGGUGGUGUCGGUGAAGCUCCUCGUUUUCAUGCCCAUUCUGAUCACGGUGUAUUACACCAGUAUCACUUUUGCCAGCAACUAUUUACUCAACAUUUCCAUUCAAACCGUCUUCUCCUCCCCUCCGUACCAAUGGUCGACCCUGAUCGUGGGACUCGCAUACCUUCCCAGCUCCUUAGGCGCCGUUCUAGGUGCUAUUAUUGGCGGCCGGUGGACCGACUAUUGCAUGAAACGUGCUGCGUACAAGGCAGGGAGGGUAGAUGGUGAUGGAAGGCUUGUCUUUCAUCCGGAAGACCGGAUCAGCGAGAACGCCUUGGUUGCUUCUAUCAUGUACCCGGCAGCCUUGCUGUGGUGGGGCUGGUCAGCUGACAAACAUGUAUUCUGGCUUGUGCCGUUGAUAGCAAACUUCUUUUUUGGCUUUGGAUUCAUGCUCAUCUCCAGUGUGACCACGACUGUGAUGACAGAGUUUGUGCCCCAGAAAACCACCAGUGGUGUAGCUGUCACCAACCUUGUCCGCAACAGCAUGGGCUGUGGUGCUGCCAUUGUUGCACAGCCACUUAUCAAUGCAAUUGGGAAUGGCUGGCUCUUCACCAUUGCCUUCUUUGUCUGCCUGCUCAGCGCGGCCAUUGUCGUCCUCAUGAAGAGAAACAGGGAACGAUGGAGCGAGAAAAUGAGAUCAGCUAUUGAUUAGACGGGUUGAGCUGGAAGACAGCCUUGGUGGGCUGGUUGGUUUGGGCAAACACAAUCCACUCUUGCUUUUGGAAUGCCCGCUUAUCCCGGAAGGUUUCUUCAGUCUCCUUUACUUUUGUUUCUAUCAGUCUCAUUUACGGAGUAUGUUCCCCAAAUUGUACGAGCUUUGUUCUUGGACAUCCUUGGUGAAAGAUAAGUACAUAACAGUUGGACUUUUUUGGGCCAGGAAGGGGGGGAGGGGGAGCCACUCUGAUCACAACAAUAUGGCUCCGCUUUCUAAACAAUGCUCAUAGAUAUUUAUUAAUAAUACAUAGAGUUGGUUUGUGUUGCGCUCCUUGUGAUUGGGACCUCGACUUCAUCUUAUAUCU